UACAAAAUCAGCAGGGGAUCAAAUACUUUUUUCCCUGGAAGACUACUACUGCAUGGUGGAAGACUACUACUGCAUGGUGGAAGACUACUACUGCAUGGUGGAAGACUACUACUGCAUGGUGGAAGACUACUACUGCAUGGUGGAAGACUACUACUGCAUGGUGGAAGACUCAUGGUGGAAGACUACUACUGCAUGGUGGAAGACUACUACUGCAUGGUGGAAGACUCAUGGUGGAAGACUACUACUGCAUGGUGGAAGUCUCAUGGUGGAAGACUACUACUGCAUGGUGGAAGACUACUACUGCAUGGUGGAAGACUACUACUGCAUGGUGGAAGACUACUACUGCAUGGUGGAAGACUACUACUGCAUGGUGGAAGACUCAUGGUGGAAGACUACUACUGCAUGGUGGAAGACUACUACUGCAUGGUGGAAGACUCAUGGUGGAAGACUACUACUGCAUGGUGGAAGACUACUACUGCAUGGUGGAAGACUACUACUGCAUGAUGGAAGACUACUACUGCAUGGUGGAAGUCUCAUGGUGGAAGACUACUACUGCAUGGUGGAAGACUACUACUGCAUGGUGGAAGACUACUACUGCAUGGUGGAAGUCUCAUGGUGGAAGACUACUACUGCAUGGUGGAAGACUACUACUGCAUGGUGGAAGACUACUACUGCAUGGUGGAAGACUACUACUGCAUGGUGGAAGACUCAUGGUGGAAGACUACUACUGCAUGGUGGAAGACUCAUGGUGGAAGACUACUACUGCAUGGUGGAAGACUACUACUGCAUGGUGGAAGACUACUACUGCAUGGUGGAAGACUACUACUGCAUGGUGGAAGACUCAUGGUGGAAGACUACUACUGCAUGGUGGAAGACUACUACUGCAUGGUGGAAGACUACUACUGCAUGGUGGAAGACUACUACUGCAUGAUGGAAGACUACUACUGCAUGGUGGAAGUCUCAUGGUGGAAGACUACUACUGCAUGGUGGAAGACUACUACUGCAUGGUGGAAGACUACUACUGCAUGGUGGAAGUCUCAUGGUGGAAGACUACUACUGCAUGGUGGAAGACUACUACUGCAUGGUGGAAGACUACUACUGCAUGGUGGAAAACUACUACUGCAUGGUGGAAGACUCAUGGUGGAAGACUACUACUGCAUGGUGGAAGACUACUACUGCAUGGUGGAAGACUACUACUGCAUGGUGGAAGACUACUACUGCAUGGUGGAAGACUACUACUGCAUGGUGGAAGACUACUACUGCAUGGUGGAAGACUACUACUGCAUGGUGGAAGACUACUACUGCAUGGUGGAAGACUACUACUGCAUGGUGGAAGAUUACUACUGCAUGGUGGAAGUCUCAUGGUGGAAGACUACUACUGCAUGGUGGAAGACUACUACUGCAUGGUGGAAGACUACUACUGCAUGGUGGAAGACUACUACUGCAUGGUGGAAGACUCAUGGUGGAAGACUACUACUGCAUGGUGGAAGACUACUACUGCAUGGUGGAAGACUACUACUGCAUGGUGGAAGACUACUACUGCAUGGUGGAAGACUACUACUGCAUGGUGGAAGACUAUGAUUGCAUGGUGGAAGACUACUACUGCAUGGUGGAAGACUACUACUGCAUGGUGGAAGACUACUACUGCAUGGUGGAAGACUACUACUGCAUGGUGGAAGACUACUACUGCAUGGUGGAAGUCUCAUGGUGGAAGACUACUACUGCAUGGUGGAAGACUACUACUGCAUGGUGGAAGACUACUACUGCAUGGUGGAAGAUUACUACUGCAUGGUGGAAGACUCAUGGUGGAAGACUACUACUGCAUGGUGGAAGUCUCAUGGUGGAAGACUACUACUGCAUGGUGGAAGACUACUACUGCAUGGUGGAAGACUACUACUGCAUGGUGGAAGACUACUACUGCAUGGUGGAAGUCUCAUGGUGGAAGACUACUACUGCAUGGUGGAUGACCUUGAGUUUUUAAUCUCACCACAGGAUACAUCAAUAAGAGUAUCUCACAG